ACACAAUCUGGGCUGCGCCCCAGCCCUCGAGACGUACACGUACGUCUCCGCAGAACAAUCCUCCAACUUUCUGUCCUCAGCCCGUCCAUCUUUGCCGUCGAGUCCGACGACAACUGUAGCCAUGGCCGCCCCAACCGGUAGCAACCCUCCCAGCGCAGCCUCCAAACCCGUCGCCUCACCAGUGCCCUCCGUCUCCACCGUUUCUUCAUUGCACUCGCAACCCGAUGCCCAGUUCGCUCUUCCGCCUCCCUCGCAUCCUGGGGUGAACGGCGUGCAGGCGAACGGCGAUGCGGCUCUAAAGCCAAAGAAGCCCACGAUGACGUCGCGCAUCAGCGGCAUGUUUGGCCGAAGAGACGACAGCAGAGAGUCUUCGCGUAUCAACCUCUCCGAAAAGAACGCCGAGUCCAAAGCUGCAAACAGUGCCGCGUCAACUGUCUCGAGCACCACCGGCCGCCCGGCGCCCUCGCGCCAGGCAUCCGCCACAACCAAGAAGAAAGACGCUGCACUCCCUCCAUACAGACGCUACUGGGUCAACGAAGAUGGCACGCACGAACAUCACCUCAAGGUUGCGAAGCGCCAAGAGAAGCUGACCGAUAUGUUCCAGAACCUCAUGAUGGGCAAGAAGAAGGAGGGACACCACGACGAGCAGCCCCUAAGCUUGAUGGCAAACUGGGUCGAUGUCAUGCGGAACGAGAAGGAGAAACUUGCAGAACAGAAGAAUUCCAGCACCAAUACUUCUCAAACCCUGGUUCAGAAAUACGGCAAAUGUCAAGAGGUGGUCGGACGCGGUGCCUUUGGCAUUGUGCGUGUUGCGCACAAGACUGACGCAAAGGACCCCAAGCGCGAACAGCUAUAUGCUGUCAAGGAGUUCAAGCAACGGCCAGGAGAGUCUUCCAAGAAGUACACCAAGCGUUUAACUGCCGAAUUCUGCAUUUCUUCCUCAAUGCAACAUCCAAACGUCAUCAACACAUUGGAUCUCCUUCAGGACGACAAGGGCAUCUACUGCGAAGUUAUGGAGUACUGUUCUGGUGGCGACUUGUACACUCUCGUUCUCGCAGCUGGCCAGCUCGAAGUUGCCGAGGCUGACUGCUUCUUCAAGCAGCUCAUGCGGGGCGUCGAGUACAUGCACGAGAUGGGCGUGGCGCACCGUGACCUAAAACCCGAAAAUCUCCUCCUGACCCAGCACGGCUCCAUCAAGAUCACCGACUUCGGGAACGGGGAGUGCUUCCGCAUGGCCUGGGAAAAGGAAGCUCACAUGACUGCUGGACUGUGCGGGUCAGCUCCUUACAUUGCUCCGGAGGAAUACGUUGAUCGUGAAUUCGACCCGCGUGCUGUCGACGUGUGGGCCUGUGGCAUUAUCUACAUGGCCAUGAGGACCGGACGUCACCUUUGGCGUGUUGCUCAGAAGGGCGAGGAUGAAUUCUUUGAUCGGUACCUGGAAGACCGAAAAGAGGAGGCAGGCUACAGGCCCAUUGAAGUUUUGCGACGGCGUCAAUGCCGUAACGUGAUCUAUUCGAUCCUUGACCCUAACCCGACUCGUCGGCUCACAGCCCACCAAGUUCUCUUCUCCGAAUGGGUCAAGGAGAUCAAAGUCUGCCGCGCUGGCGACGAAGGCUUCUAAAAGUAUAUCGGGGCCAGGGACACCAAUCGCUGAUGCUAUCCUCCAAGUAGCACUGGCGCUCAAUUUCGUCAGUCUGGUCUGAUUACGACACUUCUUCCCCAUCUCGAGCCAACUGAAUCCAUGUCGCCCUCAGAGACUCGAUUUAAUACCCCUCGCCGAUUCUUCUCUUCUUUGCAACUCAGCAUAGACCAGUUCUAGCGAG